ACAGACUAUCUUCAGAUUUUUCAAGUGUCCGUUCGCUAGCUCAGUCGGUGUAUUCUUCUCACUGUAUGCCAGCUUCAUCUUUGCUGUUGCCUGUUUGAUUGCUGAGUCGUAGAGAUGGCCCCCAAGGCAGGAGAGGAGCAGAAGGCUACCAAGUCCAAGGCCGAGAAGAAGCCCGUAGUGAAGAAGGCUGAGAAGAAGAUCAAGGCCGACACUAAGGGUGAUUCGAAGAAGAAGAAGUCGAAGAAGAGCGUGGAGACGUACAAGAUUUACAUCUAUAAGGUCUUGAAGCAGGUUCAUCCUGACACUGGUAUCUCAUCGAAGGCUAUGGGUAUUAUGAACUCGUUUAUAAACGAUAUUUUCGAGAAGUUGGCUCAAGAGGCGGCUCGACUAGCUCGGUACAAUAAGAAGCCCACGAUUACUUCUCGCGAGAUUCAGACUGCAGUGCGUCUGAUUCUCCCGGGUGAGUUGGCGAAGCACGCAGUCUCAGAGGGAACCAAGGCCGUGACGAAGUUCACUAGCGCCUAGAGGAACAGUAAAAACCUAAACCAAAUUGGUGUUCAUUAACACCAUAAAUUGGGAUGAAAGUGACACUUCUGAUCCCCUAGUGUGUAGUUGUUAUUUUUGUUUUGCUUUUUGGUUUUUUGCUUCCUAUUUUGCUUCCUUUUUUUUUUUUUUUUUUUUUUAAAUACUGCAGGGAGUACACAUGGUCCUGCAUAUGCUAUUCUGUCAGUGUAUAGUGUUGGCUGUUUCUGGUGUUUUUUUUUUUUUUUUUUUUUUUUUGCUGUUGCUUGAACAUUACCAGGCUGUCCGAGUUGCAGUAUCUAUGUAAGAGAAGGUACGUUGUCUAAAGAUAGCCGCCUGUGGAUGCAACCUGUCGGAUACUUGCAACUGUGCGUCGAUUUGGUUGAAUCUGGUGCAUGCAAAUGUUAUUCCUCACCUUGUGGGUAUUGCUUCGAACAAUUUCCAGAGAAACUCGCUGAGAAUGCUCUGUGAACUUAUGUCAUGCCUUGGGACUAGAGGGAGCCGUAACAUGGAAGCUGGCUUAUAUAACAUCGUACAUUCCCACCUUUGCGACGAGAGACAGACCUAUUCGAUCAGAAACUGAAGAUACAUAUGUAUUACGUCUAUUCUCAUUUUAUAACCUGCUAGUACUCACUAGCUGCUGAAUAACUUGCUAAAUUACCAGGUUUGCGGUAAAACUCUAGUGAAAUACUUUCAUGCGCUACAUCUUUGGAUACAAGAAUGGAAAAUGGCAGUUAUACUUUCGUUCUUUUAA